GUCAGGGACCCAGGCUGGCGCAUCCGCCCUCCGCCCGCGGGGUCUCUGGGCUCUACAGGGCCCGCGGGGUGCGGAGGGGCCUCUAAAGGGGGCGGGUUCGCUUGAGCCAGAAAGCCCGGAGCCGCCCAGGAAUUUUGGCUGGAACUGAGAGCAUUUCCUCCCGGGCGGGCUGGCGCGAUCCCGGCGCGAUCCUGGGGAGGGCUGAGGCGGGCAGACGGCACCAUGCGGACCCUGCUCUGCGCGCUGGCCGGGAUCGCCCUGCUCCGCGCCUCGGGCGCGGACGCCGCUGCCGAACCUUUCAUCCCCUCCCGAGGAGACCCAGCUCAGAGCACAGGGUGUGACACACACGUGGCUGUCCAUGGCCGUUUAGACGUCAUAGAGGAGAAGGUGGAGAAGACAGUGGAACACCUGGAGGCAGAAGUGAAAGGCCUGCUGAGCCAGCUGGAGAAGCUGGCCUGGAACCUGCCUCAGGGGCCCUUCAGCCCAAGCCCCGACCUCCUGGGAGAUGAUCAUUUUUGAGCACCAGAGAUGGAGUUGCCCAGAAGCUGGAAUUCAUACACCUGUUGAACAGUUCUUCUUUGAGAACAGAGCCUUGCAUCUGGCCUUUCUUCCUCAGCUUUGCACAAAAUAAAAGCUACUCCAUUCAUCUGUGUCUGCGACCCUUAUAGCCACAGCCCUUCCUCUAACUACUCCCAUGCCCUGAGGCCCACAUCCCCCUGAAGGCUCAGAUCUGACUGACUGCCCCUGGCCCCUGUGCUUCAGAGACACUUUUUUUUUUUUUUAAGAUUUUUUUAAAUUUCUUUUUUAUUUUUAGAGAGGGGAAGGGAGGGAGAGAGGGAGAGAAACAUCAAUGUGUGGUUGCCUCUCACACGCCCCCUACUGGGGACCUGGUCUGCAACCCAGGCAUGUGCCCUGACUGGAACUCAAACCAAUGACCCUUUCAUUCACAGGCUGGCACUCAGUCCACUGAGCCACACCAGCUAGGGUUCAGCCACCUUUCUUUAUAGAAGUGGACAGGGCAGGCUUGGUCCACAGAGGUGAGGCACCUGAAUCCCAGAAUCAUAAGAUGAUGCAGUGGAAGGGCCCUCUUGGUAGCCUUGCUGCUCAGAGUAUGGCCACAGAUGAGAAGCAGUGGCUUCACCUGGGAGUUUGUCAGAAAUGGAGAAUUUGGGCCCCCACCCAAACCUCCUGAAUCAGAAUUUACAUUUUAAUCAGACCCCCACUGGGGGAUUUGAGUACCCAUUAAAAGUAAAACAAUUUUUCUUUAUUGAGGUAAAACUCACAUAACACAAAAUUCAAAAUUUUAACCAUUUUAAAAUACAAAUUCGGUGGCUUCACCAUGUUGUACAAUCAUCACCUCUCCAAUUCCAGAAUACUUGGGUCAGCCCAAAAGGAAACCCUGUACCUAUUAAGCAUCACUUCCCAUUUCCUCUUACCAUCCCUUGAACUCACUGAUAAUUCUGUCUCUAUGGACUUGCCUUUUCUGGACAUUUUAUAAAAAGGAAUCAUACAAUAUGUGGCCUCUUGUGUCUUUUUUUCACUUCACAUGUUUUUAAGGUUCAUCCAUGC